AUGCGCAGAAAUCUGGUUCGUUUGGUUCGUGAAUGUGCUCAAAAUAAAGAACUUGGUGACAGCAACUCGUAUGACGGCUCAAACAAGCAAUCCUCGGCCAUCUUUCUGCUCCUCAAGAAAGCCUUUUCACGGAAGUCAAGCUUGGUGAUAGAACAUCGUUUCAACUCCUACACCACACGCGCUCUAUGGUCGACCAUCGGGAUUCGCGUCGCAGCGGAUACCGUAACACAGCGAUUGGACGACCUCACUGAGCCAUUCCAGGAGCUGAAAUCUCGCAUUUUGGCUUCCCCUCCCCACCGCAGCAAGCGACGUUCUUUCUCACCUAGGAGACGCCAGAGUUCGUGGAGAAACGGAGCGGCGAUGUGUUAUUACCACCGCACCCCUUGA